AUGGUCCGACACAAAAAAGACAACUUCUCCCGCGGCGGGAAAAAGUCAGGACCACCCCGCCACCGUCCCUCGCCCCGCGGCGGCGCUGACGAGAAUAACGACGAUGCCUCAGAAAACGGCGCAACGAGACCAGCUUUCAAGGCCGCAUGCUGGGAUUUGGGGCAUUGCGAUCCGAAACGGUGCUCAGGAAAACGGCUGAUGAAUUUUGGGUUGAUGAGGGAGUUGCAGAUUGGACAUAAGCAUGCUGGGGUUGUGAUUUCGCCGAAUGCGAAACAUGUGCUUUCUCCCGCGGAUAGAGAUUUACUGGAUCAAUAUGGCGCUGCGGUGGUGGAGUGUUCGUGGGUCCGCGUCAAGGAAGUCCCCUGGUCUCGUAUUGGAGGAAAAUGCGAGAGACUACUGCCAUAUCUCAUCGCCGCCAAUUCAGUAAACUAUGGCCGCCCGUGGCGCCUAAACUGCGUCGAAGCACUGGCAGCCUGCUUCUACAUCUGCGGCCACGAGGAUUGGGCGGAGCAAGUACUAUCACACUUCUCGUACGGCGAGGCAUUCAUCAAAAUCAACCAACAACUCCUGAAACGAUAUGCGGCGUGUUCGAGUGAAGAGGAUAUCAAGCGCACGGAGGAGGAAUGGCUGGACAAGAUUGAGAGGGAGUAUAAUGAGAGUCGCGCGGAGAGGGAGGCGGGUGGUGCGGAUGAUAUGUGGCAUAGAGGGAACACGAAUCGUUUGGAGGUUCCUGAUUCUGAUGACGAGGACAACGAAGACGAUGAUGACGAAGAGGAUGGAGAAGGGGAAGCGGAAGAGGAGGAAGAUAAAGAUCCCUUUGCGAUUUCAGAUGACUCCGACGACGAAGAAGAAAUGGCCGAAAUCCGACGCAAGAUUCUCAAUUCGAAGAGCUUUCAGAAUCCGACUUCACAACCACCGCCACAAGAGCAACAACCACCACCUUCGUCCAGCGCUCCACAACCUACAUCGAUAUCGACAUCAUCGAAACAACUACCGAUAGACUCAGACUCAGAAUCCGGCUCUGCGGAGGCCAGCGACGAUGACGACGAAGCAUUCGAUAACAUCAUCAACGCAACUCCGGUAACAGAUCGGACGGGUAUAGUCGCGGCGAAGAAGCAACGGAAGGCUAAUGAUUCUCUGACUGCAUCGUUUUCGCGGACAGUAAUAUCUGCGCCGAAGAAAUGGUAA